UUUGCUAUAUGUGUUGGAUACUUGUCUUGGAGGGAAGACCGUCAGGCACCUCGAGACAGCAUGCGGCUUCUCUUAUUACUACUAGUCACUAAGCUGGUUGCAGGACAGCUGGGUCAAUACAAUGAGGUGGAGGUGGUACAGGGUAUGGCCAACAUGCCCCAGAUCACCAGCCUCGACGUCCAGUGUGAAAAGUCCGGUAUGACGGUCAACGUAGAAUUUUCUCUUCCCUUCGACGGCGUCAUCUUCAGUAAGGGCCACUUCUCGAACCCGGCGUGUCGUUAUGUUGAGCCAGACACUGGACAGCGGUCGUACACGUUUGCGGUGCCGAUGGAUGGCUGCGGCACGGCGGCCAGUGACGACGACGACACCAUCGUCUCCAACGUUGUCAUAUUCCAGAUGGACUCCACUGUACAGGAGCUGUGGGACACGGCCAAGAAGCUCUCAUGUGUGUGGACCAACAAAUAUAACAAGGCCGUCAACUUCGAACCUCUUCAAGUGUCUAUGUUAGAAGUGGUUCAGACUCGCUUCGAAGGUGAUGAUAUCAAGUGUUGGAUGGACAUACAGCGAGGGACAUACCCCCAUACUAAGCCUAUGGACGGUAUUCUGCGCAUCGGAGAGCCGCUGACGGUAAUGGUAUACCUAAAAGAUACCGAGAGGCGACUCGAUGUGGCGGUGCGAGAUUGCUGGGCCUAUGGAGAACCUGAAUUCGAAGAUCCAGCAACUCCGAGCCUUCAAAUGACCUCCAGUAACGGGUGUCCAACGCGAAUGAAGCUCAUGCACUUCUGGGCCAGGACUUAUGACACGUUUGAUACCGGCGCCACCCUCAUCACAUACACUAAUAUGUCUGCCUUCAAAUUCCCCGACCGCAUGCAAGUGUUCCUCACGUGCAAUGUACAGAUUUGCACGGAGCACUGUGAAGACCGCUGCAUAGGUGAACCAAGUGAGCCUGUGACGUUCGUAACAACACAUGAUAUCAUCAAAGUGACUACGCCUCUUACGCCAAUACGGCUGCCACCACCGCCGCCUCCAUACUGCCGACCUGGAUCAAAGGAUCCUAGAUGUCGCCCUAGUAUUACUAAACCUAUAUGCGGACCAGGAUCGACAGACCCAGAAUGUAGGCGGCCAUUAAGUCCUGCUUGUUAUCCAGGAUCACGAGAUCCUGCGUGUAAGCCGACGACAGUCCGUCCACCUGCACCUCCUCCAUUAGUUACUCAAAAACCAAUUUGUUAUCCUGGAUCUCGAGACCCAAGUUGUCCAAAACCAACUCCUCCAACAAGAAGGCCUUUCACCUGCAGACCAGGAUCCAAAGAUCCACGAUGUCCCCAACCAACUACAUCACGCCCAUCAACCCCAUCAUGCUAUCCUGGAUCACCAGAUCCACGAUGUCCUAAACCAACCACACCCUUCACCUGUAGACCAGGAUCCAAAGACCCACGAUGUCCCCAACCAACUACAUCACGCCCAUCAACCCCAUCAUGCUAUCCUGGAUCAAGGGAUCCACGAUGUCCUAAACCAACCACACCCUUCACCUGUAGACCAGGAUCCAAAGACCCACGAUGUCCCCAACCAACUACACCACGCCCAUCAACCCCAUCAUGCUAUCCUGGGAUCACCGGAUCCACGAUGUCCUAAACCAACCACACCCUUCACCUGCAGACCAGGAUCCAAAGAUCGACGAUGUCCCCAACCAACUACACCACGCCCAUCAACCCCUUAUC